AGGGAAAGGGAAGGGGAGUCAGGUCAGAGAUCUUCUACACUGCUGAAUCGAAGUAAGAGAGCGGGGACGACUUUUCUUUCUUCUCAACUCUAUAAACAACCCACCAGCCACCUUCCCCUCCCCCUUCCUCCGGUUCUCUCCUCUCCCCACAAUCCGUAACAUAUACACAAUCAGAGUCAGAGAGAGAGGGAAAGAGAGGCAAGCAGAAGUCAAAUGGGAUGUGGGAACUCCUUCAUCAUACUGGUGACCCUCUCGGUGGCUCUCAUCACUUACAACAUCCUCAUCUCCGCCAACGCCCCGCUGAAGCUCGACCUCCCGGCCCCGUCCAACUCGAGCCCUCCGUCAAAGAUCUCGGUGGACCCAGUCAUCAAGAUGCCGGUCGAGAGGUCGUCCAGGCGGUUCGGGGGGCAGCAGCAGCGGAAGAGGCUGUUCCACACGGCGGUGACCGCUUCCGAUUCCAUCUACAACACGAGGCAGUGCCGGGUGAUGUACUACUGGUUCAGGAAGCACAGGGACGGUCCCAAUUCGGGGAUGGGCGGGUUCACGAGGAUUCUGCACUCUGGGAAGGCUGACAAGUUCAUGGACGAGAUCCCCACCUUCGUUGCUCAGCCUCUCCCUUCUGGAAUGGAUAAGGGUUAUAUAGUCCUGAACAGACCAUGGGCGUUCGUGCAGUGGCUCCAACAAGCAGAGAUUAAAGAAGAUUACAUACUGAUGGCAGAACCUGAUCAUAUUAUUGUGAAGCCGAUACCGAACUUAUCAAGAGAUGGACUUGGAGCUGCCUUUCCUUUCUUCUAUAUUGAGGCUAAAAAGUACGAGAGUACUCUCCGGAAGUUCUUUCCUGUGGAGAAAGGACCAAUAACCAACAUUGACCCAAUCGGAAAUUCCCCUGUUAUUGUUGGAAAGGAGUCUCUCAAGAAAAUUGCUCCAACAUGGAUGAAUGUUUCGUUGGCAAUGAAGAAGGAUACUGAAGCGGAUAAAGCUUUUGGAUGGGUUCUUGAAAUGUAUGCUUAUGCUGUAUCUUCAGCUCUACAUGGUGUUGGUAACAUUCUAUACAAGGAUUUCAUGAUUCAGCCUCCUUGGGACACAGAGUUGGGGGAGAAGUUCAUAAUUCAUUACACUUACGGAUGUGACUAUAAUAUGAAGGAUGAGUUAACCUAUGGAAAGAUUGGAGAGUGGAGGUUUGACAAGAGAUCAAUUGAUCAAGUUGCUCCUCUGAGAAACCUGCCGCUGCCUCCAACUGGUGUGACCGAAAGUGUUGUAUGUAUCGUUUCUCCAACUUCUCUAGGAGUCUAGGACUUCAUUGUGAUCUUCUUAGGUGACGUUGGUGAAAAUGGUAAAUGAGGCAACGGCUAACAUCCCGAACUGGGGCUCCUAAAGAUAAAUUCCUCUUUGCAACUUUUACAGGGUAAAGAGAUAGUUACCAAAUUAGUGAAGGUACAGGUGAAAAUAAAAUACAAAAGAAUUUCAUGGAGGUUUAGACAAAGAAAAGCGUUCUGACUAUAUCUCUUGAGACGUAAGCAUACAUCAUAGCCAUUGCUUGAGCCUAUGCCGAUUGUAAUGUGGCUCUUGGAUGUUGUGGGGUUCAAUAGGUAUGAAGCGAAUGAAGUUGUAAUUUCUUUGUUCACAAGUGUAUUCCAUUUCCUUUGGCUUGGUGCCUUGUUUGGAGUGAUGAAAUGCAUAGAGGCAUACAUACCAAGGUCUUGUAAACAAAGCAAACAUGAGCAGCUGUUUGAACUUCCCAAUUUCUAUAUUUUCUUUCAUAACUA